GGAAUUCAAAGGCACAAAUCUUAUCAAAAACUAACUGGAAAAAUUCAAUAUUCUCAUAAUACGCCCAUAAUGCCGAAAUCUAUGCACAAAGUCCAAAAACACAUCUCCAAAAAGAAAGGGGCGCUUGAGGCUAUGCACGAGAACAGCAGAGAUGCAAAGCUACUGCGGAGGGCUGGCGCAAGAGACGAUCGGGUUGCACGAGUUUCAGCAAGCAUGGCUAGGGGAAGGCAGUCUUAUGUGGAUCGCAUUAAUUUUUUUCAAGAGGCAAUCCCAGAGGGAGCAACGCCCUUCUCUGAUAAAGACUUGGUCGAUUCAGUCACGAGAUUUAUAAAUCGCAGCGUGCCCGAGAUCGAACAAGAACAAAGUGAGCGGAGAAAGGGUCGCCCGCCCAGCAAGAGGGAGGAAGCGCUGGUGCAACGAACCGAAGUCGAGGAUAAAGAGUUCAAAACGGGGUUCUGGAUGCCCGAUUUGACACAGGAAGGCGUCGUGCUAGCCCUUUCCAAGUGGAAUGGAAACUGGUCUGGGCUUAGCACCAUGAAGUUCAUCCGUCUAACAAAGGAUGGGGAGAAGCAAGCUUCAACAUUUCCACCUAAGGGCCUAUCAUGAUCCAGGACUCUCACUUUCUUUUGUCACUUAUACUGCAAAUCACUUGAGACUCAAGCUUGCCCUCUAUGCUAUAACGGUGUCACGACAAUAUAUAUCUUUUACUCACUAUCUACAACCCUAUUCCCGCUGAAAGCGUCACCUAGAUGGCCCAAAGAAGCCUGAAAACACUGCAAGGGUCUUCAUUCCGUUGCCUCUCCUUAUCCUGAAGGCAGCACGGGUGUUAUUCAUUCAACAUCGGUUAUACACAUGUGGCAAUCGCGCAUAGUUCAGGAAAUGACCUUCGAGUUGAGUUAGAUGGGGUCCCCAGCAAUUAGGGAUUCUAUUUAUAAAUAGUAGCCGUAGUCAUAUUGAUUUAUGCUUGAUGGAAAACCAUGUAUUUUACCUAUGGUAACUCCCUCGAUUGAGUUGACUUGGUUAACCAAUCCAGAAUUACGUGGAAAAUAUAUUCUUGCAGCAGAACG